CUCAUUUUUAUUGACAAAUUGGUAUGGAAAACACUAUGUAGUUCUACUAUUAUUUAUUGAAUAAAUUGAUUAAGUUAUUGUCUAGUUUGCUUACCCAUAUUCGUGAAUAGACCAAUUAUACACUAAUUAGUUAAUAAAACUAAUGAAACUGGAAAAAUCGAAACUGUGAUCAUUUUUACAAAAAAAAAAUAUGUUUAUGCAACAAUUUUAAAUUACGCAAAUAAAAAUUACAAAUAUAAGACGUGAAUCUCUUUUUAAAAAUGCAAGACACAAUAAUAAAUCAAGAAAUUGCCAACUUAGACCUAUCGAAGAUUGCAGCAUUGCAACAAAAACGUACAUUAGCUUUUGUAAACCACUUUGUUAUAACAACGGUACAGUUUUUAAACAACUUUGCCAAAAGAUGUGAACAGAAAUUGAUGCAGUUUGAAAGGAAAUUGGAGAAAAUUAAUGCUACAAUGGUUUUACUUGAAGCAAAGCUUUCUUCAAUUCCCGAAAUAGCCACGGAAACAGAUGCGGGAAAACCACAUGAAUAUAUAAAUGAAUCACCGAAAGAAAUAAUUGAACCAGUUACUAACAAUAAUGAUGACAAUAUACCUGAAAACAAAAAUACAAUAGAAACAAUAAAGCCAGAGUAUGAAAGAUUUAUUAAAAUGGUACAAGUUGGUGUACCGAUAGAUGCUGUUAAAUUAAAAAUAUCAUUAGAAGGACUUGAUCCUAAUGAGUUUGACAAAAUAAUAAAGAAAUGAUUUAAUAUUAUUAGUUGAGCUUGAUAAACUGCUUUUCCAAAUUGUAUUUUUACACAAUUGAGUAUAUUUUUUAAUGUUUAUAAUAAUUAUAGUACAAUGCUAAAGCUGUUACAUUAUUGAUAUAGUUAAUAAAGGUUUAAGAAA